AUGCAGCAGAGCUACAAGGAUUUGGUCACGAAGCAAGCCGAAUCGAUUACGGGAACCUGUGACAAGCCACUGACUUCGCACGAGCCAUUCAAUGAUGCGCUUUUGAAGCUCUUUGCGACUAUCACGAAGCAGGAUGUUAUGAUGAACAAUUAUGUUGUCAGAUCGAAGUCGUACGCGAAAAAGGGCGCCGCCUCGACCAAAGCAACCCCGAAGAGGGCUGCAGCGGCCAAGCCAGCCAAGGAGAAGAAGGAGAAGAAGGACAAGAAACCCAAAAAGGAAAAGAAAGCCACGGGACCCAAGACCAAGAAGGGUGCUGACGGGGCUGAGUGA